AGUUACAGUUGCAAUCACUCAGCUGGUUAAUGGUUGCUACAACUCUAACUGUAUUCACAGUUUGGAGGUUCAAAUGAAACUGAGGGUUGUCUGCAGAAAAAUUUACGACUACAUAAGGUAUGAUCUCAAAGAAAUCGCUUUCCCCUCUUCAUUGCCGGAUCCUCCUCACUUAAAAAAGCGUCGCAAAUUGACCAGGGAUGAGCGUAUCUGGGUUUUGAAGAGAGCUUCCAGGCUUUAUGCCGCAAGCUGGGUUCGUGACAUUGGUCCUGACCUUCGGCCAGACGAUUACAAGAAGGAUGACAUGGCUAGUGAAACAAAUGAUGAAAAGAGAACAGAUAAAGGAAAAGAACCCUCAACACUUGAGGAUCUCGCUGUAGCUGCUAGAGGGGGAAUGGAGACCCUCAGACCUGCUUUGCAGCGUGUGUACAUGACCAGAGCAUCUGCAUACAGAGAUGCUCUUAAAAGUUUCAUAGAAGGAUACCAAGAGGGUGUUCAGCAAGUGACGGAGAAGAAGGAAGAUUCCAAUACGCAAGAAGAUGCUGAUCUACCCCCAAAAAAACCAACUUGAACUUGCUUGUAGGAAGGGUGAUGCUUCUUUUCUGGUAGACCCACCAGUAGUUUGGACUAAGGCAUGAAGUUUGACAGAAAUUAGUGCCAGUCCUCUUGAUUAAAAGGUUUUAAUGUACAUUUCACUAAACAUAAAGGGUCGAAUAUUCCAAAUGGGUGUAUUUUGGAUACUAUACAUCUAUUAGUAGAUCUGAAUUUUGUUUUUGCAAAUUUUGUUGAGUUUUUUAAUUUUAGGUGCUUAUUAGUGAUGUUAAAGGUAUCUCUUUGCUCUCCAAAGGUAUCUUUAACAGCUAGCUAUAGUUAAUGAUGUAUUAUCUCUUAUCAUUUAUACGUGCGCCCCUGAAGAUACACAUGAAGUUAUGGUUUCAAUUUACUAUUCAAGUAAUCACAUCAAGUUAUGCUUUC